AUAUAUUAACGAAUUUAUAAAGUUAUCGACAAGUCGACAUCCUAACCAUGUUAGGCCAAGUUGUACGAGAUGAAACCAGGCCAAAAAUUACCUUUAACAUCUUCGGGUCAAGUAAAAGAAAGCAAAUUUUUUCUCUCUUUUGGUCUGUUAAUGUUAAUAAAAAAACCAAAAAAAAAUGCGCGCGAAAUUUGAAAUCACGGAAAAAUGAUCUCACUCUCUCACCCUUUCUCUCUUCCUCUCUCUUUUUUCUUUCUAUUAUUUUCACUUCCUCCUUCUUCACUUCUACCCUCCUACACAUCCUUAUCCCUUUUUACCACCAUUAUCAUCAUCUUAAUCUUCCUUGACUUUUACCUUUUCUUUUCAUCUCAAGUCAUUAUCAUCUUCUCGCCCCCUUGUUCAUCGCCCCGACUGCAAUUGUCUUGAAGAGAAACAUGAUGAUGAUGAAAGAGAAAAAGAAGAAGAAGAAAAAAUUUCAGAAGAGGAAGAUAAAGGUGAUGAUGUAAAACUGGAAACAGCUUUCUACCUGCCUCAGGGCUCUUGGCAAAAGUUCACGGCCAAAUUUUCCUGGUAACGUUUGUUAUGAUGGGCUUACCCUUCCGGGUUUCCCUUCAACAAGUAAAGUUGUCUACCCUUUUCCUUUCUCAGAAGCUUUCAAAUCCUAUCCUUGAAUGUUAGUUAAUGAUAAAAACUCUUUCCUUUAAAUUGAUUAACUAAAUCAACAUUAGAAAUUAAAAAUAACCUCAUCGUUUACGUAGAUCAAUUUCCUUUUUAAUUUACUAAUUAUAACCAAAUCCUGAUUAUAUGGUCAGUUCAUCUUCUCACCGAUCAAUUGUGAUUAACUUCGUUACCAGAUCUUGUGUUUAAAAUUAUAAAAAUUCUACACUUGUGAAGAUUUCUGUUGAUUGUUCAUAAGUUAAAUUCUAAUUGUUCAAAGUUUCUACUUUCAAUCCUUCCCGAUCUCCUUCAUAAUAAACUGUGUGUUUCGAUCUGAGUAAAAUACUGAGAAAAUCUCAUUACAAAUAUUCAUCGUUCAGUUCAAUUAAACUGUUGUCAACUUUCAUCUAUUAGUUAAUGUAAGGUUAAUCUUUAAACAGCUUAACCUUUCACCCUUAUGUCAUUUAAUUAAUCCUAUUCAAAAUCUCUCAUUGUGCUUUCUAUCUAAACCACCCUUAAAACUACCACCAACUAAAGUCUCUUUAAUUAGUGUUUCAAUAAAAGUUAUUUUGUUCCGAUACGAUCUUUAUACUGAGCUCUCGCAUAGAGAAUCCCUAACAAAAUAAUAAUAAUUAAUAAUUCGUUCAACUGAAUAUUCUAAAAACUGUUAAGUUAUUAUAUCCACUGAUCUGUGAUUUCUAACUAAAAGCUGUUCAGGUCCAGUGUCAAACUUUUUUGGUCAUCCUUCCCAUCUUAUCAAGUGCUUAUAUACAGCCACGGACAUUAAGUUUCGUACACUUUCAAUCAAAGUUGCGCAUAGAGUUGAUUCUUACGAAUAUAACUUUUCGCAAAACUGGUCAGAAGCUAAAGAAAGAUUGAUCAAAGACUUUACUCCAAUAACCAACAACAACGAUCAAAAUAGUGAACUUCUGGAUAAACCCAAGUCUCUAUAUAAUCUUUUUCCUCGACCAUAAACACGAUCAAGUAUUUUGGCCACUCUCGAACUAAAACUAAAACUAAAACUAAAAUGUCAUUUGGUGGAUUAUCGUCACUCGGUGAUAAAUUAAAUGAAUCACAAGAUGAAGUUAAUCUUUAUCGUCAACUUAAAAUGAAAAUGUUUCUCAAUCAACAGAAGCCACUAUUUCCAUCUCCAUGUUUAUCAUCAUUUGAGAGUUCAUCUUGUGAGGAAUCAUCUUCUUAUGAGACUAGUUCACUUGCAGGAUCAUCAGCACUUUCUGAAACUUCUGAAUCAUCUUCUUGUCUAUCAUCUUUGUCUUCGCCAUCUUCUCCUUCAUCGUGUUUAUCGUCAUCCGAGAAAAAGACUUAUCAAUGUCAAUUUUGUUCCAAGGUAUUCGGUCAGAUGUCAAAUCUUAAGUGUCACGUUCGUACACAUACUGGAGAAAGACCGUUUGUUUGUAGAAUUUGUCAGAAAUCGUUUAUUCAAUUAGCUCAUUUACAAAAACAUGAGCUCGUUCAUACCGGCGAAAAGCCUUUCCAGUGUGACCUGUGUCUAAAACGAUUCACAUCCAAAAGUAAUCUUAAUAAUCAUAAAUCUCGACACAUAUACGAACCAAACGAAGCUGACAACAACAACAAUAACCAUAUUAAUUAUUGUAAUUUACCUUGAAAAAAGUUGUAAAAAAUAUACAUUUAAAGGAAUAUCUAAAAAUAAAUAAAAUUGACCCUUUUACCAAAAAGAAAGACCCAUUAGGCUCACUAGGCUAUCGGCUCUCAAAAGUGGAAAUGGUUGGGUUAUAAUUAUUAUUAUUUUUCGAGGAAAUUGUCCUAAAUGAUCAAACUUUUAUAUCGAAUAGUCCAACUCAUGUUCUACAAUCUGAUCUAGUUUUUAAAAAUUUCUGAUACUGUUAAGGUCAAAAAUGAUCGUUUCGAAAAAAUAAUCUCAAAAAUUGAAAAAAAGUUGAUUUAGUUUAAUUCAAAGAGUAAAAACCAAGAGAGAGCACAGGAAGGCAACAUUUUUUUGGUGUCGCGAGGUGGAGCCACUAGUAGAUUUGAAAAGAAAGAGAGAAAACCUGAGGAAUUUUUUAGGCUCCUGAUAAACUUUAAUUUAAUUAACUUUACCUGUGAAUUUAAAAUUGAAUUUUAUGUUAUUAUUAUUUAUCUUAUCAUACGGAUCAAGUUGAUACCAAAAUUAUGAUAAUUCAACAGUUACUUUAGUUAUUUUUGUUACUCUAAAAACUGAGCUAUUAUUGCGUCGUAAUAACUUGAACCAUUUUCUUUUUCUUGCCCUAAUGGGAUUUGUGUUGAAAGGACUCUAGUCCAUUUGUUUUGAAAGGACAUUUUGUCCAUUGUGACUAAAUUUUAUUUUUAAAUUUUAUCUCAAAAUUGUAUUCGACCUCAGGGGAGAAAAAUUGUUAAUUAUUGUAUUGUUUUCUUUUCCUCAUCAAUUACUCCCUUCCUUGUCCCUCUUUUCCCUUUCCCUGGUACGGUUGUCAUUACCGGAAACGAUGAAUUCUAAUUCAUCGAGCCUCCCCUGAGGUCGCUGUCAAAGCUUAAAAUAAAUAAAAGAAAGAGAAACAUAGUAAA